CCAUUUUGAGGAUGUGAAUCUAAUUAUUUUCGUUGGCAGUCUUCCAGAAUCCCUCAUUUUCCCGGAAAAUUAUGGAUGCAGUAAUUUUCUAUCCUCGUUCCAUACUUCGCUUGCCCAGUUUCUCUGGCUUAAACAAGCGCAAUCUAGGAAACCCCAUCUUCUCCCUGAAAGAGAUUGCAGAUAGGCCUUCAUUGUUUGCCUCCCAAAAGGAAAGUAUCCAAUUAACUGUUUCAAGCAUAAGAGCUGAUGGAAAUAGGAGGGGCCAACCUCCUAGAAAAUAUACUACCACCGGAAGAACCACAAGGGGGGAUGACAAUAAGAUACCUCGAUCAUCUAAUGGUAAAUCAUCCAAUUCGUCAAACCAGGAAGAAAUCAUUGCUCUCUUUAGACGAAUACAGUCUUCAAUAUCAAAUGGAGAGUCUUUAAGUGCCAAAAAGAAAAGCUCCCUCUCAUCUGAAGAUAAGCCCUCAGCUGAAUCAGUUUUGGAGGUUCUUCGUCAAUCAAGGAAGCAAGUAAAAGACAAAGUGUUGAGUGGCAGAAGAGAUCUCUUGGAGAAAGAGAGGAAUAUGGAGGAUGAUCCAUCGAUAGCAGACCUUAAACUGACUAGACCACCAUCUAAAUUUGUGAAGAGAUCCCCGGUCCCAUCUUCAUCAACCCCAAAAGGCAAGGUUGUUGAGAUGAAGACUGAAGCAUCAUCUGCCACAGCUGGUUACAAGGAGUUAGAGUUGCAGAAAGUUGAGGAAAUGAAACUUCCUGCACUAAAAAAACUUGCAAAAUCUAGAGGAAUCAAAGGUUACUCAAAACUGAAAAAGAGUGAGCUGGUCGAACUGCUAAGGUCGUAGGAGAAAUGGCAACUUUUUUUAUGUUUGAUGCCAUACAUGUUUGAACCUGUUUGAACCUCUUUUGCCUCCCUCUUUGAUUGAUGGAUUCAAAUGGAAUCAGUGGCUUUCAAAUUUAUUGUGUGUAAAUUUAGAAUUGUGAUCACGGUGUAAUGGCCUGAAUGUUCAUUCUUUUUGUCUCUUCGGUUACAAUAAAAUCUUGCACGAUGCAUCUGUUGCAUGAUC